AUGCGCACUGCGCAUGGCAACCCCGGGACUCCCAAAAAGGUAUCGAGUUCUCAACGUUUCUCUUCCAUCAUGAGCUCUGCGUUUUAUCACAACACACGACCCAUCCUCUCGGAUUCCCCCACACUCACGUACGACGCACCCACAUAUCCUGGAUUGCAUGGCUUCACGGGCACUGCCGCACUCCAAUACCCAACGUCAUCUAUGCCUGCAGAGUACUUGUCUAUGCAUUCGAAGGAGCCCAUCUUUGCUACCCCAACAAGUGCUAUGACUCCACUGAUACCGGCCGAACACUGUAUCGCGUGCUACCCAAGGCGGGACUUUCCGGACUAUCACUACAGCCUCGGUCCCGGCAUGAUCUCUGUACGAAGUCCUGACAUCGAGCAGUACCUUGUGGCCCUUGCACGCAAGUAUAGUAUGGAGUCUGCGGAUUCGGCGCGUCUCAGUAGCGUCAAGGAAGUAAGGCGGCUGCUCGGAUUCCAGCACGACAGUGACCUUCCGGACAUGUGGUGCAAAUAUAUCAUAGCGCUCGCCGGACUGGCAACUUACCCCGAUCCUAGUCAUCCAGCACACGCUGCGUUGUGGGGGCCCGCGGUGCGCGAUCGUACUGCGGCGAUCAUACAUGAGAUCUAUGGAUACAAUCCGCCACUGUUCGACGGGUCUGUUGUAUACUUGCGGAGGGAGAUAUCUCCGCCUGACGUCCCCCCUGCACAUAGGGCGCAAAUCAUAACGAUGCCGCGCCACCGCGAGGCGGCUGCAGCCGAUGUUGCCACUAACAUCGCACCAUCCGAUUCCGAUUCCGAUUCCGAUUCCGAUUCCGAUGAGCCACCUCGCAAGCGCGCGCGUUUCGUACACAUUGCGCGGCAAGGCGCAGACCCCAACAAAGUCUUUGACGCGCUUGUAAUGUCAAGAUCAAAGCCAAAACUAGAGCCGACACGCCGCUUGACACGGCAGGCUGCCAGACUCGCCGCGAUCGUGCCAGAACCUCCUACGUACCGUGGCCAGAGUCCGGAGGAUGCAAGCACGCGCUCGAGCACAGCCGUGAGUUGCGAUUCAGAGGAGACAGCCCUGGACACAAUCGCAACCACACGGUGUCGCAAGAGGAAAGAAAGAGAUGGCGAUGAUGUGCGGGAUGAAGGAAGCGGGGAGCGCGAAGACGAAACGGACGCGCUGCCCGCGGAUAGACCGCGCAAGACAUCAUGGGAGAGUAAACGCGCCACAUCGACGAGUGCAGCCAAGGGCCCUACGCGAUCACAAGGAAGUAUCAAUGCUGCGAGGGUGUCAAUCACAAGAAUGCGCAAGUCUAGGAAGGCAUGA